AUGGCCAGGGCCUUCGAGCCGUCCAACAAGUGGGUCUCCCGCAUGGAUUUUUACACGGCCCGGGCGCCCGAGACGGUGGCCAAGGACAGUCUCCGAAGUCUGGCAAAGCCUCAUCGCCGAAAUCCGUUCCGUGCCGGCCCGGCGAGCUCAGACUGCAGACCGCAGACCUAUCAGACGGUGGUGGGAGGAGCCACCAAUUUCAUCACGUGCCGAUUGAACCCGACCUUGGAUACCUUGGCAUCGAUCGCACGGCAGACUGCCGCCCUGUCCACCUUGGGCAACGUGCCGCUCCUACCGGCCACGGAGUCGGCCACGCAGCUAGGUGAUUAUGUGAUCCAGCCCUUCGAGAACAGUGUGACAGGCGCCGAGGAAGUGGACGUGCAGGUGGACAUUUUGUCCUCCAACACCGUCGUCACCGACAAAGCCUCUGAGUCUGAGGGCAACGGCACACGUAGGUUGGCAACCACUGGAUCCUUGGCAGAUUCCUUGACGGCAGCCUGCUACACCGUGAUUCAGUUCCAGAGCAAGUACAUUGGCCAGCUUGUGGGAGACUGCGUGGUGUUCCAACCGUCGAGCAAUUUGAACAACCCGGUACAGGUUUGCUUGCCCGUCUCCAGCGCAAUUCCAGUCUAUCCAGCCUUCACCACCGACUGCUUCGUUUCCUCCGCCAGCAACACCUAUUCGGUCGCCUCCGUCUCGGUGGCGCGAAGCGCCGAUGGGCUCUCGAUUUGCGCCUCCUUGAGUGCCUCAGGCACCUACUGUCCAGGAAGGACCUUGGCCUCGGUCACACCGGACACACCCAGUGCACCAGCCGGGUGCUCCUCUGUGGCCUCCAUCAGUGAGAACGUGAUCACAGAGGCUGCUGCCUUGAAGGCAGCUGGACCGGUGUCCUUGCCAGGCUUGGUGAAGAUAGGUCAGUCGGCGGCCGACUUUGCACCCAAGGCGGUCUACAUCAGCGCGUCGGGCACGGAAGACAAAGAGGACUUUGCCGCCAAUGCACAGCAAGCUUCGACCAGCGGCUCUGGGUCCGGCUCUGGCGACUCCACGACGGGAGGCACGGAGAGCACUUCUGCAAUCACCGAGCCACCUGGCACCGGCUCCUCCUGGGCGGCAAGCCAGCACCACGUCAGCGGCAUGCUGGCAGGUGGGCUUUUGCUGGCGCUCGUCAACUAG